AUGGAUGAUCAAUCUACCUCCAUUCCCUCCACCUCCGCUUCCACAUCCGCCUCCAAGCGACGACGCUUUCAAGUUUCCAUUACCAAUUACCUCGCUAAUAAUGCCACCUCCGCCCCCGACGGUUGCUCGCAUUUCAAUUACUCCGUACCAACCCACUCCCCCUCCCCCUCCCUUCCUCACAAAGUCCAGUCCUCACUCCUCACCGUCGGCAUGCGCAUUCGCAAAUCAGUGCCAGAGGGGUACAAGACAACAACCACAACGACACUGCCAAAAACUAGCACGGGAAUAUUCAUGUCACAUUCGUACACAGCGGCAAACACCUCUGGUUCAAAUGCUCCAAUAACAUCCCAUUAUACCCGAACUGCCUCAUAUGCGGAACUGGCACCGUCCUGCGGUGUGCUGAAAACGGGCAACUAUGCUGUCCAGACAUUCUCACGGACUGCAGAGUCAAAUCAGGCAAUUCACCACCCCUCCUUGCUAGACGAGCAGCCGUCCAUUGGCCUGCACUCAGCGGUUUCAUGCUUUGACCACAUUACAGUUCCAGCAUUAAACCCCAACAAGCGUCCCUUCUCACCCGAGUUGGUAGAUUCAGAUGAUGAAGAUAAGCGAGAUGAUUAUUCCCCCCUCUUCCCACACGGAUUUAGACACAUGUGGAAAUCCAAAAUUCCUUUCUCCCCGCAUCCUCCGCCUUCCCCAUCUUCCUCGUCGUUACCGUCGACACGACCAAAGCUGCAUCCAAGCCUACGACAGAAUGUUGGCAGAUAUCACAAACACCAUCAUCAGCCACAGCAGCAACGACAACAACACAAAGCACCGGACUGUGGGCCGGAGAACCAUAAUACCAUCGUUAUUCCAAUGUCACAGCCCGGCGAUUUCGAUGAAGCAGAUUUCCUGUGCCGGAAAGAGGACAUUGAUGACAUCAUUGUUACUGCUGGAGCUUUAGAGGUGGAGAUGUCCGGUGUUUAA